AUGUUCAGUCGGCUCGCCGCACUCAUCGUGUACAUUACCGCCGUGGCAGCGGCCGUGCCACAAGCCCCAGAGCUCGGCGUGCAGCUCACGUCGGCCACUUUCAACAAGACAGUGUCACACGGCGCAUGGCUGGUCGAGCACUUCUCUCCAAGUUGCUCCCACUGCCGCCGCUUUGCCGGGACAUGGGAGCGCCUGUUAAAGGACAAGAGCCACCUCGAGCGCCUUUCGGGCUUCCACAUGGCCCAGGUCAACUGUAUCGCCCAGGGAGACUUGUGUAACGACAACAAGGUCACUGGCUCUCAACCUUUUGUCGAAGAGUACAGGGAUGACCGCAACUACGACUACCUCUCCAAGUGGAUCGAGGACAAGGCACUGGCCUACGCCAACUCGCUGACUCUUGGCGUCGACGAGUCGGAGGCACGGUCGCUGAAGCGCCCCAACCCGGAUGGCAAGGUGGUCGAGGUGGACGACAAGUUGUUCGAAGAGUACAAGGCCAUGGGUCCCGUCUUUGUCGACUUUUUCGCCCCGUGGUGUGGCCACUGCAAGGCCCUCCGCCCCAUCUAUGACAAGCUCGGAGAGGCAAUGGCCGGCAAGGUCAACAUUAUCGCUGUCAACUGUGACAAUAACAAUGCGCUGUGCCGUCGCAAUGGCGUCCAGGCGUUCCACCACGACGCCAAGAUUGAGUACAAAGGCGGGCGUACGGUUGAGAAGAUGCAGGCGUUUAUCCAGAAGGAGGUCUCUGACGUCAAGAUGAGGCAGAUCAACCUCAAGGACUUUGAGUCCAUUGAGGAAGGUGUGUUCGGCGACACCAAGUCGUUCUUCCUGUACCUCCAGAACUUUGACACGACGUACGAGGAGCUCAAGCAGAUCGAGGAGGCUAUCCAGUCGCUCGGUACCUCGAUGCCCGUGUACACGUCCAACGACCCUCUGCUGUACAAGAACCUCUCGAUCGCCAACCCGCCGCCUACGUCGCUCCUGCUCAGCUUCUCCGACUCGAUGAAGCCCACUGCCUCGAUCAUUCUCCCGGCAGCAGACGGCGCCGUGCGGCGCUUCAUCAACACACACCGCUUCCCCAUCGUCACGCACCUGUCGUCGGACAACUACCAGGACCUGAUGCAGGGCGACCAGCACGCGCUCGUCGUGCUCGCAGCCACACACCCGGACAAUGCCGAGGAGAAUGCCGAGUUUGUCAAGAUUGCCCGCGCAUGGAAGCGUGGCGGCCGGCCGUUCACCCAGCCCGUGUGGUUUGCCAACAUGGACGGUGAGAAAUGGCAAAAGUGGCUGUACAACUCGUACGGGAUCAAGACCGAGGACCUGCCGGCCGUCGUCGUCGUGGACACUGAGAUGAACGAGUUUUACGACACCACCAUCGAGGGCGCGCGCGCAGGGUAUACCGGCGACGACGUGUUCUCGGUCCUCGAGGGCGUGUUCCAAAACUACCUCACGCCCAAAAAGGCCGGCACAGUGGGCUCGAUGAGCCGCUCGGCCGUGGUCAUCUUCAUUACCAACCACCCGUUCAUGGCCUCUGUCAUGAUCAUCUUGGCCGCCGCGGUCGGUCUCUUCUCCUUGGUCCGGUGCAUGUCGCGCGACCUCGCGGGAUCGCGUGGCGGAUACAUGAACGAAAAGGGCGUCUUCCCCAAGGGCGAGCACUCGCGCUUGGAUUAG